CGGGGACAUUACAUUUAAAAUCUGUUCCACAGAAAACCUACCAAUCGACCAACAUAAAAUUAAAUGAAUUGAAAUAAACAAAUAAAUAAAUAUGGACAGUGCAACUAGUGGACGUAAUUUUAAACAUUCAGGACAACAACAACGUUUUGCCACAUCUCACCUGACCUACAAGAUGCUGUCAAAGAUGCCUCUCAAUUUGCGCAAGAAGGCCAUACGUGAAGCUCGAAAUCGCCGAGAACAGAUUUUGGGUAAACGCAAGAAUCGACAACCAAAAAAGAACACCAAUUCACGUACACCCUCGCCUAAUUAUUUGCAUUCGGAUUUCGAUAGUUCCGAACAUAAUGCCAUGUUAAGUGCCACAAAUGACCGGCUACGUCAUAUAUUGAUGAAUUGUAAAGAACUUUCAGAUAUACCACACGAUUGCAAUCAAUUGGAACUUUUUGGCGAGAUCGCCCUAGUCGAGGGUCAGGCCACUACGAUUUAUGUGCAACGCGAUGGUCUAGAUACACUUAAAGUGAUUCUCCAUCAAAGUGAGCCCACACUUGCUCAGCUGAAGAAAGCUAUAGCCGAACUCUCUCUCACUCAGCUCAAGCGGAAGCAGCAAGAGAGCCACCAAGAACAACAUUGUUCGAGCGGACGACGACCACAUGGAAAAGAGCGACAAGAUCGUGAGCAGCAACAGGUUGAUCGGAAUGAUGGAGCCAUACAUAGCUCCACUGGCGAAUUAGUUCAUUCGGGACAGCGAAACGGCCACGAUCAUCGCGCAUUCGUUUCUUGGCGUUUUCUAUGGCGGUGUUUCGUUUUGUACAACGUGGAUACCAAUCAGCCGAUCAAUGAUCAAGCAAACGGUCGAACCAAAUUACAUGAACUGGGUAUUAAGAAUGCGGCCACAUUGAAGUUUGUGCAUCGAAUUAAAUAUUUUGGAAGACGGCGUCAAUAA